AGCGUAGAAGAAGCUUUACCACCACGACUUUGACGUCGGGCCACUUGUGCUAUCUUGACCUUCCUUUUGCUCUGUGACAAACACGAAGAUGGCUGGACGCAUGUUUGCAAAUUGGUGGGCCAAAAUGGGCCCUUACUACACCAAGGCCUAUCAAGAAAUGUGGGUGGGUGUUGGCAUCAUGACAUACCUCUACUACAAAGUCUCCUAUGGAGGCAAGAAAGCGGUGAAGGACAAGCCUGCUCAUUAAGUUUUGAACACCUCAAGCCACCCACCCCCCUUCCCCCGCUGUAAAGUUGCCCCCAUUCACAUUGGACAUCUUGUUAAUAUGAAACUAAUAAAAUUGUCAGUGAACCAACAAACCUUUUGUUUUCAUGAAUGAUAUUUUCCCCUUUACUGGUAAGUCAUGGAAACACUAGAAAUAAUCUAUCAUACUGGAAUGCCAAUUACUGACCAUGGUUAGGACCAAAAUAGCUCUAAAACUUGUUUGGCAAAAUAACUUGGGCUUCAAACUGCUCCAUAAAAAAACACCACUCAUUGAGAUG